AUGAUCUCCGAUCAAACUCGCCGGCAAAAGUCUAGAGAAGUAAGCUCUCGCUACCUUUCUACCACCGUAGCACCACCCUCACCACCACUAGGGUUCAACCACAACAACCACCCUGUAACUUCUCCUAACCACCACAACCCAAAACCAAAACAAAAACAUAAACACACAGGUUUCAUCCGCGGACUUUGGCCUUCUUCCGCUUCCAAAAAUGACCUCAAAAGAUCCGAAAACACGCCGGUUCUUAGUAAACAAAAGAGCUGUACGGAGUUCAGGCAUUCGGAGAAAAUAAAGAACACUAGAAACAGCUUAAAGGAGCAUAACACUCCGGUUUUUGGUAACCGGUCGAUGCGGUUUACCGGGAAAUUUUUAUUUCCCGGUAGACCGUCCAUGUCAUCGAAGAAUUCAUCAAACAUCUUUGACCUGGAUCAAAGUAUACUUCCUGGAAGGUUAUCCGUAGACGAAAACGCUCUUCGUCGAAGAUCAGAUUCAUUAUCGGAUAAUUCGGAAGUGAAUUCAGAAGCGAAUUCGGAAGCUAGUGAUGUUAAUUCUCCGUAUACAACUGGAAGAAAGUCUCUAGCGUCGUAUAUGGCGCCUACAUUGAGUUCUAGAAAACUUGCAGUUGAUGUUCCAAGGUGCAUUAGCCCAUCAAUAUCCAUGCAUAAUUCUCCCAAGGGUUCUAAGGUUAAGAGGACAAUGAAAAGGGGGGAUUCGUUGUCGAAAACUUCGUUGGAAAUGGAGUGGGGGUCGUCCCCAUCGCGAUCCCUGGGAUCGCCGUUGUUUUCUAGCUCGAAGCCGCCUACUUCUUCGGCUAAGGGUAAGAAGAAUCUUUUGCAUAUUGGUUUGGAUUUGAUCAAGGGGAAGAAAGGGGGUUCCAAGUUGCAGUCUCCUUUGGGUUCGGAUGGUGGUACGAAUAAUAUGGAGAAUGUUCAUCGGUUGCGGUUGAUGCAGAAUAGUUUGAUGCAAUGGAGGUAUGUGAAUGCUAGAGCAGAACAUGUUCAUGAGAGCUUAGCUGCUCAAUCUGAGAAGAAGUUAUUUUGUGGAACCAAAAGUGUGGCAAAGCUGCGGGAAUCAGUGUUACAAAAAAGUUUGCAAGUACAAAAAGAGAAACAAGAAGUAAAGCUCAAUUUGAUCCUACAUUCUCAAAUUAAAAUGUUGGAGGCAUGGCGAAACAUUGAAAGGAGUCACAUGUUAGAUGUUUCUGUUAUAAAAGAUUACUUACAUGCAGUUGUAUGUACGAUACCCCUUAUUGAAGGAGCCAAGGUGGAUCUUGAAUCGGCUACAAUGGCUUUCGAAGACACAUCACAUAUGGUUGCCACAAUCCAGUCGAUGUUGUCUUCAGUUUCUCCGAUGGCUCAUGAAACCAUGGUCACACUUUCGGAGCUAGCGGAUGUUGUAACUCAGGAGAAGUUGUUGCUAGAAGAAUGCUUUGAGCAUUUAGAAAUCAUUUCAACAUUGGAGAUUCAAGAGAGAAACUUGAGGUGUGGCAUUAUUACCAUGGAUUCAUCAGAUGAACAACAGCAACAAAAGGAGUAGAUGUUUAUGUAAG